AUGGCGUCCCUAUCUACCCAACCAUCAAAGAAAAGUUUACGUACCCCUGCAGGUUCUGAUGGGUCUCAACGUAGUUCACAAACCGUCAAAUUUGCAAGAAGAACUUCAAGUGGAAGGUAUGUUAGUCUUUCAAGAGAUGACCUUGAUAUGUCAGGAGAGUUAUCCGCCGAUUACAUGAACUACACCGUGCACAUUCCUCCCACGCCGGACAAUCAGCCAAUGGAUACGUCCGUGGCAGCCAAGGCCGAAGAACAAUACGUAUCGAAUUCCCUUUUCACGGGGGGAUUCAAUAGCGUGACACGAGCACAUCUCAUGGACAAGGUUAUAGAGUCGGAGGUCACUCAUCCUCAGAUGGCUGGAGCCAAGGGCUCAGCAUGUGCCAUGCCUGCUUGUGAUGGUAAGGUCAUGAAGGAUGAAAGGGGACAUGAUAUUACGCCUUGUGAGUGUAGGUUCAAAAUAUGUAGAGAUUGCUACUUGGAUGCACAAAAAGAAACUGGUACGUGCCCAGGUUGCAAGGAGUUGUACAAAGUAGAUGAGGAUGAGCCACAAGAUUAUUCAAAUGGAACACUGCAAUUGCCAGGCCCAGAUGGGUCAAAAAGGGAUCCUAAAAAUAUGUCUAUGAUGAAGAGGAACCAAACUGGAGAUUUUGACCACAACAGGUGGUUGUUUGAGACAAAAGGUACCUAUGGAGUUGGAAAUGCUUUUUGGCCCCAAGAUGACAUGUAUGAUGAUGAUGAUGAUAAUAAUGGCUUCAAGGGGGGCAUGAUGGAAUCAAUGGAUAAGCCUUGGAAGCCCCUAAGUCGAAAAUUGCCAAUUCCAACAGCCAUCAUAAGCCCCUACAGGUUGUUGAUCGUUAUUCGGUUAGUGGUGCUGGGUUUCUUUUUGCAUUGGAGAAUCACAAAUCCAAACACUGAUGCAGUAUGGUUGUGGUUUAUGUCAGUAGUGUGUGAGCUAUGGUUUGCCUUCUCAUGGAUCCUUGACCAAGUUCCUAAGAUCUGCCCAGUAAACCGUUCUACUGACCUUGAAGUCCUACGUGAAAAAUUUGAUAUGCCAUCACCUUCCAAUCCCACAGGCCGCUCUGACCUUCCUGGUGUUGACUUAUUUGUGUCCACAGCUGAUCCUGAAAAAGAACCACCUCUUGUCACAGCUUGUACCAUUCUUUCAAUUCUAUCAGUUGAUUUUCCUGUGGAAAAGUUAGCUUGUUAUGUUUCUGAUGAUGGAGGGGCACUCCUUACAUUUGAGGCAAUGGCUGAGGCUGCAAGCUUUGCUGAUUUAUGGGUUCCAUUUUGUCGAAAACAUAAUAUUGAGCCUAGGAAUCCUGAGACUUACUUCGGCUUGAAAGUUGACCCAACUAAGAACAAAAGCAGAUUGGAUUUUGUGAAGGAUAGGAGGAAGGUUAAGAGAGAGUUUGAUGAGUUUAAGGUAAGGAUCAAUGGGCUUACAGACUCGAUUAGGAGGAGAUCAGAAGCAUUCAAUGCAAGAGAGGAAAUGAAGGUGUUGAAGCAUAUGAGGGAGAGUGGAAGUGAACCUGGGGAGCCAAUAAAGGUCCCCAAAGCCACAUGGAUGGCUGAUGGAACACACUGGCCUGGUACCUGGACAAUACCUUAUGCUGAACAUUCCAAAGGUGACCAUGCAGGAAUUCUUCAGGUGAUGUUGAAGCCCCCUAGUAAUGAUCCACUAAUGGGAAGGACAGAUGAGAAGAUCAUAGACUUCAGUGAUGUGGACAUACGCCUCCCUAUGUUUGUAUAUGUAUCACGUGAGAAACGGCCGGGCUAUGAUCAUAACAAGAAAGCUGGUGCCAUGAAUGCCUUGGUACGAGCUUCGGCCAUCCUGUCCAAUGGCCCAUUCAUUCUCAAUCUUGACUGUGAUCACUACAUUUUCAAUUGCAAAGCUAUCCGCGAAGGAAUGUGCUUCAUGAUGGAUCGUGGAGGCGAGAACAUUUGCUACAUUCAAUUCCCUCAAAGAUUUGAAGGAAUUGAUCCUUCUGACCGAUAUGCCAACCAUAAUACUGUGUUCUUUGAUGGCAACAUGCGUGCCCUUGAUGGUAUUCAGGGUCCAGUUUAUGUGGGAACUGGCUGCAUGUUCAGGCGGUUUGCACUGUAUGGUUUCGACCCACCAAAACCCGACAAGAUUGUUCAAAGUACUGAGACUGAAAUGCAAACCUUGAAGCCCAAUGACUUUGAUCCUGAACUUGAUGUAAAUCAUCUGCCGAAACGGUUUGGAAAUUCUACGUUGCUGGCUGAGUCCAUACCCGUUGCUGAGUUUCACGGCCGACCCCUUGCUGAUCAUUCUGCAGUUAAGUAUGGAAGGCCUCCUGGUAUUCUCAGGGCCCCGCGUGAUCCUCUUGAUGCUGCAGCUGUUGCUGAAGCUGUCUCUGUCAUUUCCUGCUGGUAUGAGGACAAGACAGAAUGGGGUGACCGUGUGGGAUGGAUUUAUGGUUCAGUCACAGAAGAUGUGGUAACAGGGUAUAGAAUGCACAACCGAGGGUGGCAUUCAGUGUACUGCGUCACCAAGCGUGAUGCAUUUCAUGGCUCAGCUCCAAUUAACCUCACUGAUAGGCUUCACCAAGUGCUUCGUUGGGCCACUGGUUCUGUUGAGAUUUUCUUUUCUAGAAACAAUCCUUUGCUAGGUUCUAGGCAGCUCAAGCUUCUUCAACGCCUGGCUUACCUUAAUGUUGGUGUCUACCCCUUUACUUCAAUAUUCCUCAUUGUCUAUUGCUUCCUCCCUGCACUCUCACUUUUCUCUGGUUACUUCAUUGUGCAAACUCUAAGUGUGUCCUUUUUGAUCUACUUGCUUACCAUAACCCUAUGCCUCAUGGGUCUAGCUAUCCUAGAAGUGAAAUGGUCUGGUAUUGCAUUAGAAGAGUGGUGGAGGAAUGAACAAUUUUGGCUCAUUUCUGGGACCAGUGCUCACUUGGCUGCUGUGGUACAAGGCCUACUAAAAGUGAUUGCAGGGAUUGAUAUUUCUUUCACAUUGACUUCUAAGUCAGGAGGAGAGGACAUUGAUGACGCUUUUGCGGACUUGUACCUUGUGAAGUGGACCUCAUUGAUGAUCCCACCAAUUGUUAUUGCCAUGGUGAAUAUCAUUGCAAUUGCUGUUGCAUUUUCAAGGACAGUGUAUAGCACAGUUCCUCAGUGGAGUAAGUUUGUUGGUGGAGCAUUUUUCAGCUUCUGGGUGUUGGCUCAUUUGUACCCAUUUGCUAAAGGUUUGAUGGGGAGGAGAGGAAAGACACCAACCAUUGUGUUUGUUUGGUCUGGUCUCAUUGCAAUCACACUCUCUCUGCUUUGGGUUUCCAUUAAUCCACCUCAGAUAGCCACAGCUGAUUCUAGUACAGGUACAGGUGGUUCAACUUUUCAAUUCCCUUGAAGAGAAAAUGACGGAUUUUAUUACAUGCAAUGCCUCUGUCAGAGCAAGGAGAUCCACAAACACUUUAAG